UAUGUAAAAUUGAAUCGAGAUAACGAACAUAAUUAACUUUUAAUAAUAAUUUUAACAAUAUCAAGUCUUGAUAAUGAUAAAUUAAUAAUGAUAAAAGACAUUUUUACAUGUCUUUAUUAUAUAUGGAAAAUAUAACUUGUUAAAAUAGUAUACUGUAGUUUAAUUGAAAAAUCUGUCAUUAAAUAUUUUCUUAAAUGUUUUCUGCAAUUUUUUCAAAUUUUAUUUAAAGACAUAAUUUCUCACUUAUAAUGUAUAGAUGAUACGUACAUACAUAUAUACAUAAGCACGUGUAGUCCAUUUAUGUUGAAUUUAGCGUUGUGUACAAAUUCAAUGAAAAUACAUUUUAUUCUUAUUCACUAUAUUUUAUGUUUUAAAAAUAAUGAUUGGUAUGCGAAUGAAUGCGUUUAACGACACAGGACUUGGUGAACCAGAACAAGAUGCAAAUACUGCACUUAUAGAGUUAGAUAAAGGUUUGCGAUCAACGAAGAUUGGUGAACAAUGUGAAGCCAUAGUACGAUUUCCUCGAUUAUUCGAGAAAUAUCCUUUUCCUAUAUUAAUAAAUUCUUCUCUGUUGAAAUUAGCAGAAGUUUUUCGUACUGGUAGCAAUUUUUUACGUGUUUGGGUUCUUAGAGUGUGCCAGCAAAGUGAAAAGCAUUUAGAUAAAAUUUUAAACGUUGAUGAAUUUGUGAGACGUAUUUAUAGUGUUAUACAUUCUAAUGAUCCUGUUGCUAGAGCUUUGACUUUGCGAACGUUAGGUAGUGUAGCUGGUAUUAUACCAGAAAGACAACAGGUUCAUCAUAGUAUAAGAAGAUCAUUAGACUCUCAUGAUUCAGUUGAAGUUGGAGCUGCGAUAUAUGCUGCCCAAAUGUUUGCUGCACAAUCAAAACUGUUUGCUGUUUCCAUGUGUAGUAAAAUAUCUGAUAUGAUUAGAGGUCAAGCAACACCAGCAUCAAUGAAAUUACAACUCAUACCAAUUUUACAAUAUAUGCAUCAUGAUACUUUUACAGCUUCGAUGGUAAAUGAAUUGUGUAUGGAACUUCUUGCUAGUUACCCAGCAGUUGAAUUUGUUAGAGUUACAUUAAGUGCUUUAAGUACAUUAGCUUCCGCAACAUUAAUUGAUGUUCCACAACAAGUUGCACUUUUGUUACGUUAUUUACAAGAUGAUCCAAGAUUAACCAUCAAACGACAUGCUUUACACUUAUUGCAUUCAUUAGCAAGGAGAGGAGCACAUUUAUGGCCACAAGGAGCACUUAAUAAUUUGAUAGCUAUGAAGAAAGUUUACCAGCCUAUGGUAUACAGGAUGUUGUAUCUUGUCUUGAAUCUUUAAUUGUAGUAUUAGCGUUGGAUGACAAGUAUUUAUACCAGUUAAAAGUUUGUUUACGAUCAACAGUAAAAUUAUGUCGAGCGCAACCUAGCCAUUGUUCAAUAUUUGUCGAUGCUAUCGGUAGUACACUUUUUAAUACUUAUGCAGAAAAUGCUCAAAGUGAGAAACAAGCACUUGUUUUAUGCGAAGCAUUGGGUGCUAUUGGAAGUUUAGGAGAAAAUACAUUACUUCUACUUUUACCAGAUAUAUUAACAAAACUUAAACAAACUGUACAUGUACAUACGAAGGUAAUGCUGUGUACGUUAUUGUUUCAAAUGGUAACUGGAGGAUAUGAAUGGAAUUCAGAAUGUUUGGAAGCAGUAGAAGAUGUUAUUAAAAAUGUAGAUGGCUGGGCGAAAUAUCGGAUUGCGCGUAGUGCUGCAAGAUAUGGUCACCAUUUGAUAGCAACUCAAAUAUUUAGGAGUUUAAAGGAAACAGUUGCAUCUGAACAAUUACAUUUUUGGUUAUCUGGUUUAGAAUUGGUUACAAAAGCUGAAAGUUUUCUCAUGGAAAAAACAGAAGAAAUAGAGAGCAAAGCAAGAGUUCAUACCGUGGAGAAGUUAAAUGGAGCUAUUGCUCGUUAUGCGAGUGCGUGCGCUUCAUUAAAAGCUGCUAGUACACCAUUACGAAGUUUGCAAUUUGCUAGCGAGUACUCGAAAUUACGGUGUGAAUUUCUUCAAGCUAUUGUACAGCUUUUACAUUCAUGCAGUUGAGGAAAUCAGCUCAAGAACUCAAAAACUGCGCAGAGAAUUAUCAGAAACUUUAUCAAUCAGCUUUUGAUGCUGACCCUGGAUCAUUAACAAACAUACGAGCAUUACAAGAGAUCUGUCGUUUGUUGGCAAAUAGUGUCGAGCGUGUUUGCGGUGGUACGGGAAUUCAGACGUAUCAUCAGAGCGAAAUUAAUUUUAAUUUUGGCGAUACUGUAGAAAUGCGUCAGUUGGCUCGUUGUUGUACCGAGCUACGUCGUUUAGCGCCAACGUAUAUAGGUGAAAAUAAAGCAGCAGCGCUCAGUCAUUCGAGAAUAAACUGCUUAGUCUCGCAAGUGAUGUUAUUAGCUGGAACAAAAAUGAGAUUACCCAUACCCCGGUAUUAUUUCCAAGCUUUGCAAGCAACUAGUGUCAAGUUAUCUGUUUCACCACAACCUCGCGUUCUCGGUGAACCGGUAUCUGUUCCUCAAGGAAGUCAAUUAGCGAUUAAAGUCGAAGGGGUGUUACGACAUGGUCGGCGCGCUUCUUUGUAUCGUUCAGUCGCUGCUGUUUGUAUUUCUAUUUCUACUACGCCUCCAUCAAAGAUUAAUUCAGAUCAAAAGGAUUCUAAUGCGAAUGAAUUACAACAAACCGUCAUGCCACAUCGCGACUUCUUCGCUUGUGAAUUCCUGCUUUCAUUAGGGAGUCCAUGUACGGCUACAGUAGCAUGUGCAAGUAAUACUACCAAUGUCAACAAUAACAUAAAUAGCAGUGGUGGACAGUAUCAAGUCACAGCAAGUGCGAGUAUACUUGACAAAGAUGGCAAUGUAUGGAAGUGUGGGCCACGUUCCACGCUUCAAGUCAGGGUACACGAAGAACCAGCCAAAAGAAAAUUACCAUAACAAUGUGCUCAUACACCUUUUAUUAUAAUACAAUAUAAGAUAUUGUACGUACACGAACUGUAGAAUAAAAAGUUGUUUUUACUUUAAUCAAAA